AUUGCACUCCACAGCAUAGCAUUUACCUCUCACUCAAGUGUGAGAUUUUUGUAUUUUACGACACUGUUAACAGCACAUUAAGGCAUCAAAACGCCACCCGGUGAGUGCCGUGAUACUGAGAGGUCAUACAUUUCCAAAAAUCUAAGUAACUGGACCAGAUCAGAGACAAGCCAGGAUGUCUGGAGACUUAUCACUCAAAAUAAACAUUAAGGAGCCCAGAUGGGACCAGGGCUCCUUCAUGGGGCGUGCCAAACACUUCUUCAUGGUCACAGAUCCCAGGAACGUCCUGCUGUCCUCUGAGACUCUGGAGGAGGCCAGAGUAAUCGUAGAGAACUACAGAGCUGGGACCGUGAAACCUGGCUUGACCGAGGAUGAGCUCUGGAGAGCCAAGUACAUUUACGACUCUGCUUUCCACCCCGACACUGGAGAGAAGAUGUUGGUGAUUGGCCGGAUGUCUGCUCAGGUGCCGAUGAACAUGUCCAUCACAGGCUGCAUGCUCACCUUCUACAGGACUACUCCUGCUGUUGUGUUCUGGCAGUGGGUUAACCAGUCCUUCAACGCCAUUGUCAAUUACACCAACCGCAGUGGAGAUGCUCCCAUGACUGUGAACCAGCUUGGUGCCGCCUAUGUUAGUGCUUCUACAGGAGCUGUGGUUACUGCACUGGGACUCAAGUCUCUUGCUACGCGCCUCCCUCCAAUCGUCAGUCGGUUUGUCCCUUUCGCUGCUGUUGCUGCUGCCAACUGUAUUAAUAUUCCCUUCAUGAGACAGAGGGAGCUGAAGUAUGGGAUUCCUGUGAUGGAUGAGAAUGGAAACAGGUUAGGAGAAUCUGCCAUUGCUGCCAAACAAGCCAUCGUUCAGGUGGUGGUGUCGAGGAUUGGCAUGGCAGUUCCUGCAAUGGCCAUUCCUCCUGUUAUAAUGAAUUCCCUGGAGAAGAGAGCGUUCAUGAAGCGUUUCCCAAUUCUAAAUGCUCCUGUCCAAGUGGGACUAGUUGGUCUGUGCCUGGUGUUUGCAACUCCUCUCUGCUGCGCCCUGUUCCCUCAGAAAAGUUCUAUGAGCGUGAGCGGGCUGGAAGCGGAUCUGCAGGAGAGGAUACGGCAGUUAACUCCAGAGACCACCACCGUCUACUUUAAUAAGGGCCUGUAGGCACAUGAGCAAAAAACAUGCAAACACACCAACACACACACACGUCUGUUAUCAUAGGCACCAGUGAGUGCAAAAAAACAUUUAUGCUUUUGCAGUCAUUUUGAUUUUGUUAUGUAUUCAGUUCUUGUAUUUUUACUUUGUCUUCCUCUGUUUGACAACACAGAAAAGUGAUGAUCACUGAUUGGUGAUUUACUCAUGCACAUUUUAUGUUCCGUUUAAUGUGCUAAUAGAAUAUUCCAGUUUAAACGAAGGCUUUUCAUGUUAGUUGUGUCUCUCAAUUACUCCUGAAUGUAAUGUUGCCUUGUGUGUCUGCUCUUUAAACCUUUGUUUUGACCCGGGUUUGCACCCUGUGGCUCUAUAGGCCUUCCAUAUUGACUGCUUUAAACGUAAUUGUAAUACAAAAUGAUCAUUUAGCUUCGUUUCGGUUUUCUUGCAAAUCUGCAUUGAAAAAAGUCACGACAAAAUGACUAAUAGUACAAAGAUUUAUUUGUUUUUGCAUUGGGCUGUAACCAGGCGUGUUUUCCUCAAAUUUUUAAAGAAACUUUUCUUCUAAAACCUGAAAUGGAAACAAAAUCAAGAUUCUUUGCAAUAAAACAAGCAGAUAUUAUCUAGUGGAUAUUUAUACAAUUUGAUAAACUAUAAUUUUUGAAUGGUCAUUUAGGUUUUGGAGGUCAGGACACAAUUUAUUAGGAGCAAAGUGAAAAUGGUAAAUUAUAAAGGGUCCUGGCCCCUGGUUUGGAUACACGACAAGCUACAUAGUUAAAAAAUUGUUGCUUUCCUUUCCUUUUAUAAAACCAUAUUUUCAUUAUAAAUAGUCCGCUGAUAUGAGUUCCUGUUUUGUUUCACACUGCCUCAUUAACCAGAGCAGCUCUCUUCAACUCUCCUUAAAGUGUACUUAAGCCUUUUAGGUACAUUUGUUUCAGAAUAUAUUUGGAGGACAUGCUUUACAUGCAUUAGUGAAAUCUCUUGAGUGUAUUUUAUAUUACUCUACAGAAGCCCCACAGCAAGAUCUGUUGUUUGACAUGCUCUACUGGUUGUGCUGUUAUCUGCAUAUUGCUAACUGUAAGGAGGCAAAACAUCUGCUCUUAUCUUACCUAAAAAUUCCUCUCUUAGUCUAACAUUUAAAUUCAUUGCAGAUGGCAGGCACCAGCAUAUAGGCACCAGUAAUCUUUGAAACAGAACAAAACAACGCACGUUUUUUUAUUUCCUUCACGGUUUUGUUUUUUAACCCAGUUGCAGAUACAUGAAAUGAUUUGUCUCGUGCAAACAUGCGUUAGCAAUCUGGACAACUUUGCUUAAGCCAUCGGGAUUCAGUUGUACCAAAAGAAAUCGGUAAAUGUACAAGAUUUUGAAGUAUAAACGUCAUAAUCAAUUGCUAUAAUCAUCAUUUAAGGAAUUCACCAAACACAGCUUUCCAGGGUGAUUACAUAGUGAUAACGUAUGUAAGUCAUCAUAGUGUUUGUCGUAAAUAAAUCAAAACUAGUAUGUAUUUUCUGAAUAUAUAUGAGGUAUGGAGCACAGAUAUAUGCACUAGAGAAUAAUGUCAGCUGCUUAUUUACAGGAGAUUUGCUGCACGAGAAAUAGCUCCUCAUACCUGAGUGCUGAUACAUUCUCAGAUUAGAUAAGUGACCCUCUGAGGAAACUCGCUAAUUACAGUUUACCAGAGAUCAUUCAACACUUGUGCAGUGAGAUGUAAAAAUCUGAAUACAUAUACAGAUAUAGAUAUGUAGUAACAGUAAGACUGUACAGGCUGUGUUUGUAGUGAGGUUUGUGAUUGUGCAAUUACGCUUUUAUUGGAAACCAAUGGAAAGCUGAAGGGACUCUAGCAACUGCACUACUGUUUUAUUUUUGUACAGAUUUACAGGCGCAUCUUAAUGAAUUAGAAUAUCACUGGAAAGUUCAUUUUAGAUUAUAGAAAUGCCCUUUUUGCAUAAAUUACAGCAUCAAUUCAUUGUGGGUUGGAAGAGAUCAACCUGUGGCGUUGCUGAUGUUUUAAGGAAUCAAACUGAAUGAUACCAUGGUCUUUAAAGCAGGUUCUGAUAUUUUGACAAUGUGGGUAGGUGGCAACUCCUUUUGGAAAAUGAAAUCAACGUCUCCAUGAAACCUGUCAGCAGACUGACGUGCUCUAAUAUUUCCUGGUAGACGGCUGCUAUGACCAACACCAGCAGGUGACAGGCCUUCUCAAAUCAUCACUGACUGGAAACAUUCACAGUGAAAGUCAGCAGCUUGGAUUCUGUGCCUCUACUCUUCCUCCAGACUCUAGGACUUUAAUUUAAUCUGAAACGAGGACUUUGGACAUCUGAGCAAAAGUCCCGUUCUUUUUCUCCUUAGCCUGGGUAAAACACCUCUGGCUUCUCUGGGUUCAGGAGUGGCUGAGCACAAGGAAUGCAACAGUUGUAGCAUGUCCUGGUAUGGUAAAUUUGGGUUUUCAUUAGAUCUAAGCCAUAAUCAUAAAAUGAACUGAAAUAAACAUUUAAAAUAUGUCACUGAAUUGGUAUAAUCUAUGAGUUUUAUUUUUUUAAUUAAAUUACUGAAACAUAUGUAAAUGAUAUUCUAAUACAUGGAGAUGCACCUGUAAAGACCUGUUUUUAUAUUCUGGGAGUUUAAGUGUUUUAUGCAAGAUUCACUUUAACUGUGGCACUCACAAAAUCACCAGAAUGUAUUCAUUUUUUUAAUGGAUGUUGUAGUUUAGUAAGGUUAUCAUGUAAAACCUUGCAGAUUCCAUGUUUUAAUGUAAUUAUCAACCAUGGCAACUGGCAGUGGCCACCUUGAAGUCUCUUCCCUUUUAAAUGCUUGAAUUAGACACACGAUCACAUGGUUGCGAGGGUGGGUGACAUCACAGCAGUGAUUUGUGAUAAAAGCUUGUUGCUGCAGCGGUGUGGAUGUUACUGUGUGUUUUCCUAUUGAGGGUGAUAUUGCACUAUAUUAUAGCCUUUGCUGUGAUACUUUUGGACCUGACUGGAUUUGUGUUGCUCUUUAAAACCAGCUUUUUACAGCGUUGUCUUCGUUAGAUGUUUAAAAAAACGAUGACCGUGAGCUGGCUAAAUAAUUCUUUCACAGUCUGCAAACUUUGACUGCUCAUAGCAUGAAGAAGACUUUCUACAGUUUGGUUUAACGGGACUCAAACAAAUAGUUUGAUUCAUCUCGGCCUUUGACUGUACUAUUAUGACCUGCUGCAUCCAAAGACAAGGCGUCUAAGAGAUCCUUAGAGUAGGAAGAAAUUCUUAAUAGUUUUGUUUCAGCUUUAUUAUGCAGAGUUUCACAUGCAAAUGCAUUCAUCUGUAGAACUGUCCCUCAGUGCAGCACUCUACACCAGAUUGGGUAAGAAAAAUCCCAAAGCAUUGUCAGGAGUGCUGAGUCACUGGACUAGAUAUGUAAAAAUCCCAAUUUACUUUGUCACUACAAAAAAAAAAAAACUGUUGAACACUUGAUUCAGAUCCUGACUUUUACUUCUGUUUUGCAUGCUUUGUCUGCCAAAAGCACAAAUGUAAGGACAAUCCAUGUUCUUGUUACACUCCAUGAACGUUAUUUUCUGUAUGGACAUAUUGACCAGUAUUGGUGCACAGUAUUUUCUCCCUCUGUUUUGUAUUGUUUAAAAUGUUUUCUUGAUGUAAGACGUAUUUUACCGAAAGCAAUAAAAGCACAGUGUUACAAAUGUUAAAA